UUGAUAAACUUUUUUUUUUUUUUCCCUCCUCCUCUCUCUAUCUUGAACGGAGAAGAGGAACAACAAGAAGUGGGGACAAGACGAAGAAUAGGAAGUUUUCAGGAAAGUGAUGGAGUUCGAAUGAAAGGCGGACUAAAUCUGGGAGUUAUGUUUCGGGAAAAAAAAAAUCUGUCAGAUCUCAUGGACGAAGAUUUGAUCUGGACCGCAAGGCAUGAAAGUUGAAAAAGUUGCAAACAUCCGAGCGAGAAGAAGGAAUCAUCGCGGGGGAAAAAGUUGCUGAAGAUACAUCAGAAUCAAGAGGAAGAUUUGCGCAAUGACGCGCGCGUAGGAAACAGAUCAAAGUUUUGGGAAUAUCUCGGUUCUUUUUUUUUUUUUUUAACUGUUUCACGGACAUUAAAGUCGCUUGAAGGGAUAAGAUUGUAUCACUCUAUCUGUAUCCGGGGGGAGAUGGGGGCCGCGCCGGGCUCGGGCUGGGAGGAAGGCGAGUUCGAGUUCAAGUUGGUGUUUGAGGAGGACCCUCCGCUCCGGCAGAGCCAGGGGCAAUCCCCGGCGCGCGUAGCCGAUCCGGAACGCUCCGUUCCCGGGGAGGAGAGUGAGGGAGCCCUGCUGCACCUGGAGCCCUCCAACAGCAUCAACAGCAGCAGCAGCUUGGUUACAGAUAACCACCUGGAUGCCAAUCAUUCAGGACACUCAAUCAGCAUCCCCAGCCCCCCGCCAUCGGCCAAUCAGAGGGCUGGGAUGCAUUCCCCGCCACCACGAAGGGCCCCCGUCCGAGAGUUCAGUGGGACCUACGAGAGCCUGCCGGCACGCUCUGUACAGGUUUCAGAGUCUCGUGUGGUCGAGUGUCCCAGCAUCCAGAUAACGACUAUUUCCCCUGAAGACGACCCGGCAUCCAACAUUUCCAGUUACUGGGACAUGGGUGGUGGCGGUGGUGGCUGGGACCGCGAUCGCCUCUACCUCCCCCUGCUGGACCCCUUCAGUUACCGCGACAGAUGCCCCGGCUCCCUCAGCCCGAGCCCCGCCUCCAGCCCCUCCUCCCGUGGCUGGCUGAGCCCCGCCUCCAGCUGUGACUCCCUGCUGGUGGAGGAGGAGGAGCUGAACGAGGCCGCCAUCAAUUUCGGGCUCUCGCCGUCCUCAAGGCCGACUUCUCCUGGAGGUAAAAAGCGUAGAAACUCCCCGCUGGCCUCGCCCUGUACAUCACGGAGGGGGAGCUACUCAGACGACCUGCAGGGAUGCAACCUGGAGGGCGGAGACUCCAUCAGUCUGUCCCAAGCUCCGCCCAGCAGCUGUGAGCUCAGCAUCCCGCAGAAAACCCGGAAGACGUCGUUGGAGCAGCUGUCUCCCAGGGAGGUGGAUCAGGAGCAGGCUCCGGGACACGGCUCCCCCUGCCUGCUGACUGAGACACAGCAGACCAGACGAGAGCCCCCUUCAGUGGGCAUGGACUACCUCUCUGUGCCCCCUGCUUUAGCCUGGGGCAGGACCCGAGCCAGCGCACACAGCCCUCUGUUCAGGUCCAGUGCUCUGCCGCCUCUCGACUGGCCGCUGCCGUCCCAGUUUGACCAGUACGAGCUGCGCAUCGAUGUGCAGCCCCGCCCACACCACAGGGCGCACUACGAGACGGAGGGGAGCAGAGGAGCCGUCAAAGCUACGCCGUCAGGACAUCCUAUCGUCAAGCUGUGUGGAUACUCAGAGAGGAAGCCGCUCUCCCUUCAGGUUUUCGUUGGAACAGCUGACGACCGAUCGAUCAGGCCACAUCCUUUCUAUCAGAUCCACAGGGUGACAGGCAAGAUGGUGGGCACUGCUAGUCAUGAAAGCGUCCAGGCGGGGACCAAAAUACUCGACAUCCCCCUCAACCCUGAGAACAACAUGACCGCACUCAUCGACUGUGCUGGGAUUCUGAAGCUGAGGAACUCGGACAUCGAGCUAAGAAAAGGAGAGACGGACGUUGGACGUAAGAACACGCGUGUACGGCUGGUUUUUCGUACCCACCUCCCUCUAGCGCCUCCUGUGGCCCCGCCUGGUCGAGUCCUGGCUCUGCAGGUCGCCUCCCAGCCCAUCGAAUGCUCCCAGCGAUCGGCUCAGGAGCUGCCCGUCAUCGAGUCUGUCAGUCUUACGUCCUGCUCUGUGGAGGGAGGGGAGGAGCUUCUGCUGAGCGGCAACAACUACCUGCCAAUCUCCAGAGUCCUUUUCAUGGAGAGAGGGACAGAUGGUAAAUUGCAGUGGGAGGAGGAGGCUCAUGUUGACCGAGACAACAGCAAUGAGGGUCUGUUGUGUGUGAGGGUUCCCGCCUACAGCGACCUGUCCGUCAAUCGACCUGUGUCCGUUAGUCUUUACGUCUCCAACGGGAAGAGGAAAAGGAGCAGCACUCACUGCUUCAAGUAUCUGCCCAUUAUGUUUAAAGAGGAGGACCCCCUGCUGUCCCGGCCCUCUGCUCUUCCGCUGCAGGGGGGGUCUGUGUGUCCCGUGGGGGAUCAAACCAGGAUGGAUCGGGGCUUCCACAUGAGAGGCGACCCCAUGGGUGAUGAUCGAGGCCUGGGAUUCCACCUACCCCCCUACCCCUCCACCUACUCCCCCUGCCCAUCGAUGAGUUACCAUGACGACUACUGCUCGAAACCAGACUCUGUGCUGGAGGAUCCCGGCGGGUCCAGGGCGUCUCUCUCUGAACGUCACCCCAGCUUCGAGAACCUGGAGCUGGGCUUCACCGAGCUCCUUCCUCCCUUGUACCCCCGCGGCCCGCAGCCUCCCUCCCCCUCCCCUUCACCAUGGCUGGACUCACCUUACCUGUCCUCCUCACCUUCUCCCUCCCACUCCUCCUCCCUCAGCCCGUUUCCAACCGGCAGUCCCAUCUCCACCUCCCCUCUGCCUCCCUUCCAGACCUCCCCGUACCCCCAGUACUCCCCGUAUCCUCAGGAGGUGUGUCCAUCCCCGCCAUCCAACCUCAGCCCGUAUCAGGACAUCUGCCCAGCGCACUACUCCCAAUACGACGGCUGGGACCCCCAGGGAAGGGUGCUGGGGACAGGACAUGGGGGAGAGAGGGAUGCCAAGAUCCAGGAGUUUCCUCUGGAGUUCACCAGCCCUACAUCUAUGCACCACAUCACGUUUGAGGAAGUGUCAGAGUUCAUCGGUGAGGACAUCCAGUCCUACCAGUCAGGCUCACAGAUGGACAACCGGCCUAACUGACCUCUGAGCAGCUCAUGACCCCCCCCCCCUCUGGUAUUCAGCAUAAUUUAAAAUCCACUAUGCACUUGAUAUGAAGAUGCAUUGAUGCAUGACUGAUCAUCAGGACACUGUUGUAAUUAUGACCACAGGUAACUGUUUUAUAAAGGGAAACUCAUGUUUAUAACAUGUUUUCAAUA